AUAACACGUGUCUUCAAACAACAACCUCCCGACAGAAGGCAAUCAGCUGGAUAUGGCGGCGCCGCUAUCCACACGCUUAUAUCUUCUGUCGACCAUAUCGAAACUAUCGAACACUCCCCAACAACAUUGUCACAAUCGCCACUUCCAUCAGCUGUCUCUCGUUGCUAUCGUAACCAAUGGAUGAACAACGACAACCAGAACCAAAAAAGCGCGUGGUGGUCUGCGGCGGAGGCGUAAUCGGUGUUUGCACUGCUUAUUUCCUCGCCAAAAAAGGCGCCGCCGUCAUUCUCGUUGAACAAACCUCUAUAGCCUGUGCCGCAUCCGGAAAAGCAGGCGGAUUUCUCGCUCUAGACUGGUGCGACGGUGGCCCUGUCGCGUCACUCGCACGCGCUAGCUAUAAUCUCCACCGUUCACUCUCCGAAGAACUCAACGGCCCCGAAUCGUACGGCUAUCGUCCCCUCAACACUCUCACUCUUACAAUAACCGAAUCACAGUCUUCUUCUCCUUCCAGAUCCAGGUUGUUGGGUGACUGCACAAUCCCAGCUUGGGUUGAUGGACCGGCACAUCAGCCUAGAACAAUUGGGUCGACCCAAACGACAGCCCAAGUACAUCCUCAAUUAUUCACAAGAACACUGUUAAAUGCGGCUGUCGAGAAAUAUGGUGUCGAGGUGGUGAUUGGGAAAUUGCAGUAUGUGCGUGUUGAGGAGGGGAGAGUUGGAUCGGUGGUACUUGAAGGGAGACGAGUUAUUGAGUGUGACUCGGUUGUUUUGGCACUUGGGCCAUGGAGUGGAAAGUUCGAGAUGUUAGCUUCACUGUUCAGAGUUUACGGGAUUAAGGUGCAUAGUAUUGUUUUGGAGCCCAAAGAGCCUGGUGCUAUAACGCCCCAUGCCCUUUUUCUCAGCUAUCAUCCGCAGGGUGGUAAAGCCAUCGACCCUGAUGUGUUCCCUCGUCCAACUGGUACCUUCGACUGGGAGGUUUAUAUAUGCGGGAUGUAUACGGAGGAAGAGGUGCCAGAUGAUCCAGAGCUAAUAGUAGGCAACCCAGAAUCAAUACAGAUGCUAAAGAGAGUGGCUAGAAAUGUUUCGAGCCAUCUGGCUGAUGGAGAGGCGCAAGUGAAGGCAGAGCAAGCAUGUUUCUUGCCAUAUACUGAUGAUAAUGUGCCAGUGAUAGGAGAACUUCCGGGCGUCAAAGGGUGUUAUGUGGCCACUGGUCAUAGUUAUUGGGGAAUACUCAACGGUCCAGCAACUGGUGUUGCUGUGGCUGAGCUUGUGCUUGAUGGACGUGCUACCAUUGUUGAACUUACUCGGUUUAGUCCUGCUAGAUUUGUCGGGCGUAGAAAGGUUGAAGUUUAAGAUGUACUUGUAUAACAUUUUUCCAUCGAAGGACGCUUUACCAAUAAGUGUUUGUUGGUAAUUUAAAAUACGCUGUAUCUUAUAUUAAAUAAAAAAAUUU